GACAACGCGUGUGCAGCGCUGUCGUUGUAUAUUCAUUCGCGACCGUACCGCCGUCAUGUGCAGCAGGGCCGCCAUCACCACGUCCGCGGACGAUCAGCUGCAGCAGGGUUCGGAAUCCGGCGCCGCUGCCGCAGCCGCCGACUCGUCGCAGCAAGCAAACCUCAACCGGUACCGGUUGCACCUCUACAAUUACGCGCUGCAGGCCGAACGGCUGCGGCUGUCGGGCGGAUGGGGCGCCGUGUGCCCCGUCUAUCCGGCAGCGGCCGCGGCCAUCUACCAGCCACGGUUUCCCGUUGCGUUGUUCCAUCCCAACGGCGGUGGCGGCGUGGCCGGUGGACUGCAGACGGCCGACGAGCCCAAGCCGCAGCACAGCUACAUCGGACUGAUCGCCAUGGCCAUACUCGGGUCGGCCGAGGGCAAGCUCGUGCUGUCCGACAUCUAUCAGUACAUACUGGACAACUACCCGUACUUCCGGACCCGGGGUCCGGGCUGGCGCAACUCGAUACGGCACAACCUGUCGCUCAACGACUGUUUCGUCAAGGCCGGCCGGUCGGCCAACGGCAAGGGCCACUACUGGGCCAUACACCCGGCCAACGUGGACGACUUUAAGAAGGGCGAUUUCAGGCGCCGGAAGGCCCAACGCAAGGUUCGCCGGCACAUGGGCCUGGCUGUGGACGACGACGGCAACGACUCGCCCAGUCCGCCGCCGCCUCCACCACCACCACCGCCGCCGCAGACCAUGCAGCAACAGCACCACCAUCACCUGCACCAUCAUGUGCAGCAGCAUCACCACCAGCAGUCGCAACAUCUGCACCACCAGCAGCAGCAGAGGUCACCGCCGGCCUUGUGGCAGUCGUCCGCGGCUGGUCACCCACAUCACCCGUUCUACUUCCAACCGGUCGUCCCGCAGCCCACGGCCGUUCUGCAGCAGCAUCAGCAGCACUUGCAGCAACAGUCCGCGGCGCUCUUGGUGCCGGCCAGGGCACAGAAACGACAGUUCGACGUCGCGUCGCUGCUGGCGCCAGACCCGCCGAAACGGAUGUUGCAGCAGUUGCACCGGAACGAUCCGAUGAUGGCGUUGGCCGCGACCGCCGGCGCCGGCAGUAGCGACGACGACGACGAGACGAUGACGUGCGGCGGCCGAAACGGCGGCGGUGGCGUCUGGGAACCGGCGGGCCUGCUGCAGCGGUACUACGAGCAGCAGCUGCAGGCCGCGCACCGGUUGCACGCGUUCCGCCAGUCGUUGGGCCUGCAGAGGAUGAUCGGAGGUGGCCCGUGGCCGACCGUCAUCGUUCAGGACCGCAACCAGACGCCCACGCCGCCCUCGCUGCAGCCGUACGCCGAGGCCACCACCCCGACGCCCGAAGACACCGUCUGCAAAACCGAACUAGUCGACUGAGGUAAACGCUACCGUUUUCCGAUUUUUUUUAUUUUAAUAAUAUUAUAUUUUAUAUUGUAUACUAAAUAUACCUCUACGCCUUUACGGACUUGCCCGCGUCGACGUCAUCGAGUGCGAUGCAACGAUUUACAAUUUCAUUUUAAUAUAAAGUCACACUGCACCCGAUUUCGCGAAAACCCAACCUAAUUUACUGUCUGUCGUAUGUUCCUGAUAAUGUGUACCAAACCAUCAUAUUUUAUUACUAAUAUCAGCUUAUAUUUUAUGUAGGUAAUCUAUAUAAGGUAUUCGCAUAUAGUUCUAACUAGUUUCUGGUUAAAGUCGCUCUUAAAAAUCAUCAACAAUAUACUUAGGCUCAAUUUCAAUGAAAAAACUUGGGAUGCCGAAGCAUCCGAUUUUCUUAAAGUUAGUUCGCUCAAAUGGCGUAAAUUAUAAAGGUGCUACUUUCAAAAUUGAGGGGGAUACAAUAACCUCCCCCCCUCCCCCAAGUUGCGCCUACACGACAGUGAUAAGUUCGGAAUCUUCUUCCAUCUUCGCCCACGCGUCUCUUUUUACAUGAUAUUACAUAUUUAUAUUAUGUAUAUUAUGAAAAUUGAAAAGUAUAGACUGUUACGCUUAAUUUUUUCCAACCAAUAGUCAUACCUACCUAUUUUUUUUAUGCAACCCGUAUAAUAUUCACCGAAUCAAAUUUUAUUCGUGGCGAUCAUUUUACUUGGUCAGUUAUUACUUCUCUCCCCGUGAUAAUGAUAUAUCGUAUUAUAAUUAUAUUAUAUUAUUAUGUAAGUGCAUUUAUAGAUAGCAUAGAUACAAAACGCCUAUUAUAUAAUUUAAUAGUGACAAUAAGUCGCGAUGAGGUGUAGUAUACAGGGCGAUGUGGUUUGGGGGAGUGUAACGUAAUUUUGAACAAAAUAUUAAUUGUCCGUUUUGGAGACUACCAUAUUUUAUACUGUUUGGGCCACUGAAAUUAUUUUUACCUACGUCAGCGAAUAUGCCAUGCCAAUACACGUAUAUUGCAGUCAACAGUGAAUGCAAUUUAAUUUUUUUAAUUUUUGACUGUACAUUAUUAAAUUACAACAGUACUAUUAAACAGUAUAUCUUAUUAAAACUAUAUAGAAUCCAUCGUUAAUUUUGUGUUAUUUAUAUUACAUGGGAUUUUAUUUUAUUUUUUAAUUGAAACUGUUCAUUACGACUUUAUACAUUGUACAAUUUAAAUUAAUUUAUCUAUAAAUUCAUAAUUAUUCGUCUAAACGGUAUACGCCCAUAAUCUGUACCUAUACUCAUAAGAAAACCACCGCGAUGCGCAGAAACAUAAUAUAAUUGUCCGACUAUUAUAUAGGUACCUAUAUAUAUAUAUAUAUAUUAAAUAUUAUGUUUAACCCUUUUGGGAAAAGUUAUUAUUUAUAUUGUGUUAUAAACGAUGUUUAGAUUAUCGAUAAUAUAUAGAGCAAUGUUUUUGAAUCGCAAUAAAUAAAUUAGGUGAACAUAAAAAUAUUUUUUUUUCUUGUUCUUGUAAAUCAUGUAUAAAGUUAUAAAAUAUUGUAAAAAACGAAUAAAUCAUCGUCUGUAAAAUUGAUUGAUACGUAUUAUACUAUGUCAUAUCUA